UAAGGAGAGUGGAGAGAGCUAGAGACAGAGCAGAUGCAUUGGCAGGGGCAGAGCCGAGGCUUUUUUUUUUUUCUUCUGUCCCUCCUGUCUCUUUUGUUGUGUCGGCACAGAUAAAAACCCUGUGAACGUUGGCAAGGACCACCGCCGCUGCCUCACAGCGUGCCGCUCAUCCCCAGCCUGAUUGCCUGAGCUGCAUCCAGUGUGGAGCUCGGUUUGUGCGGCAGGCUAACCGCGGGCUAGCGCGGGGAGCUGCAAGGCUCUGUGGCUGUAAGAAGAGGAGGAAGAGAGAGGGGGGGAAAGGAGGAGGGGCUGUGGUGAGCUGGUGGGCUUCCUCUGCCUCACAGACACAUUUUAUUGACUUGCUAAUUGGAUGAGGCACUCGGAGGAGAGGAUGCGGUGACCGAGAGGAGCUGCUCUCCAGAGGAGGGAUACAGGCACAAGAAAGAGCAUUGCCCGGGUUUGCUCAAUUCUGGAUACUUAUUUUUUUUUUUAAUUAUUAUUUUCAAGAGACAUAACAACAGAUGUUUUUCAUCUCCCGGUGACCCUCACACCGUGCGUACAUCAUUUUAUGCAUGACAUUGUCGAACGGAAGCUCCAGCUGCCAGACGCUUCGUGACAAGUGAAUGAUUUCCAUUUUGAUGUUUUUUCACCACAUUUCCCUUUCACCUGUUUUUUUUUUCUUUUAUUUUUUCAUCUCGGACCCAUCAGCUGGAGCUCCCUUUUUUCUUUGCCGUUUAACAUGACUGGUAAUCUGAGGGCGAGAUAAAUUCUUCAUCAGAUCAAACGUGGAGCUAUGAAUGGAUAUUUGUUGAGGGGGGUAGAAAAAAAUCAAGUCUUGUUCUAGUCACCAUGCUUAAGAUGUGCAGGUCCAUUGAGGUCAGAGAGCAGGUGCUGCUGUGCUGAGGUCCGCCGUCCCAAUGAGCAAGGCAGCCAACCCACAGAGACGCACCACCUACCUCAUCUCCCUCACUCUGGUGAAGGUUGAGGCCGUGCCAGAGGAUGUAGCAGGGAACCAGACGGAGGCUCUCCUAGAGGGGGAAGGGAGCCCUAAGAAGGAAGAGGAGGAGAAGGAGGAGGAGGAGGAGCAGGUGGGUAAUGCCCCUGAAAAGGAGGAAAGACCUGUGUGUGUAGAAGUCGUAGAAAAAGAAAACACACAAGAUGAAGAGGAACAGGUGCAGGUCAAAUAUGGCAGCCCUAGCGAGAAGACGGGGAAGCCAGAGAAGAGGGAAACGCAUGGACCCCAGAGAGACGUCGUGUCGGUCGGCAAAAGCAAAGACAUGUCUUUUGUACAUCCACCUGUGAGGCAAAUGGUAAAAGUGUAUGGAGGAACUACCUCUGAGGGAACUGUGCGCAGAGAAGGACCUCGCUCAGAUGCCCUGCGCCCCAAGACAGAGAUCUACCGGGAGCCCCCCAUGCUGUUCCUAAAGGGCGAGAAUGGAGCAGACCUGAGCAGCCGCUCACGCUGCAGCCUCCCUUUUUCCAUCCCACCGCAGAUGAGCCAGCGUCCAGAAGUCCUGAUGAGGCCACAUGCAGGAGGCAACACUGUGUGCUGGAGGGAACUCAGAGAGGCCAAUACUAGCUUGUAUCACUCUGCUAAGACUUUGGACCGAAGGGAUAACCGCAUCGGGGACCAGUCCCCCUUAAUGGCAGCUACAACCCUGGGGCCUUACAGGGCAUCCUGGGCAGACAGCGAUGGCAGGGGGACACUCAUUCGACCUGGAGUUCCUGCCAGCGGAGGAUUUUCAGGCAUAAUGACCCGGGACAGCCCUCAGGGCGAGCGGUUUAAGGCAGUUUCUGUUUCCUUACCUGCACCUCCUGCCACAGAUAUGUCAAGGCCUCAGAGAAAAGGUACAAGUCGCGCCCUGGACGACAGUGACCUACAUACCCUCUCCGAGGACAUGAAGAAGGGGAAGGAGGGCCAGGGAGGAACAAUCCAGCGAGCUCCUCCUCGCGACCGCAAGAUGCUCAAGUUCAUUAGUGGGAUUUUUACCAAAAGUACACCCGUGCCACCCAGCGUAAACACCACACCUCCUCUCUAUCCAGCUGUGGAGAGGGGCUCGAGUGAGGAGGAAGCUCCAUGCACCAGCAGUCAAGAAUGGACCAUGACCCAAACUGUACAAGAACUUCACUUGGGUGUUCUGGGAAGUCUGUGCAGCGGGAAGUCAGCUUUGGUCCACAGACACUUGACAGGAAGUUACGUGCCACUGGAGAACGCAGAGGGACGACAGUACAUCAAGGAUGUCCUAGUUGAUGGGCAGAGCCACCUGUUGAUAAUCAGAGAAGAAACAGAACUUCCAAGCGCGCAGUUUGCAAAUUGGGUGGAUGCAGUCAUCUUGGUCUUCAGUUUGGAAAAUGAGUCCAGCUUUCAGGAAGUUUACAAAAUCUACCACCAGCUCGCCGUCCACCGGCCCAUCACGGAGAUCCCUUUCGUAGUAGUUGGCACUCAGGAUAAGAUCAGCAGCACCAACCCCAGAGUAAUAGACGAUGCCAGGGCCAGACAGCUCUGCUCAGACGUGCGCCGCUGUACCUACUAUGAAACCUGCGCGACGUACGGCCUCAAUGUGAACAGAGUCUUCAAUGAUGCUGCUCAGAAGAUCAUGACGGCCAAGAAGCAAGCUGCUCUACUGGCUUCCUGUAAAUCUCUUCCCAACUCUCCCAGUCACUCUGGAGGCUCCACCCCUGUGUCCGGCAUCUUUCCAGGACAGGCCAGUAAUGGUGGUCAGAGCAGCGAUUACUCCUCAUCACUUCCCUCCACUCCUGUGAUCAGUCAUAAAGAGAUUGGAAGAACAUUGAGAGGGGAGAAACAGGAUAGUGCUACACCCGGCUCAGUCCGCAGCGUCCGGAGGCGCACCUCCAGAUUUGCGGGUCGGAGAGGGAGCGAUUCAAACAGAAGGAGUGCAGAUUUUAAGGGUGAUCUGGGCAGCGGACGCUCCAUUCCCAUCAAACAGGGCAUCUUGCUGAAGCGCAGUGGGAACUCGCUCAACAAAGAGUGGAAGAAGAAGUAUGUCACACUGUCCAACGAUGGCAUACUGUCCUACCACUCCAGUGUCAAUGAUUACAUGCUUAACACUCCUGGCAAAGAGAUGGACCUGCUGCGAGUGACAGUGAAGGUGCCGGGAAAGCGACCGCCUCGUGCCGUACCCACCUGCGGCCCUCCAGUGGGACUCAACGGCCGGGUCAAAGAUGUGCCGGGACCCGAAAUCCCAGUGAGCGCUAGCAGCCUCCUGCAAGUGGAGGAGAUGGAAGGACUGGGUGGUGCACUAUUCCUGAGAGGCAACAGAGGAGUGCAGCGAUGUCCCUCCACUCUAUCUAACCACACUGUCGACUCUGCAGUUGAGGGUGUCUCCAGCUCUUCCUCCACCAAAGAGGUGGGCUCUGCCUCCCCGCUGACAGACCGGAAGAAGCAUCGCAGAAAGAAGAGCAUGAACCAAAAAGGAGAUGCAAACACUGGCCAAGCAGAUGCCAAGCGCAAAAUGUGGAAACUCAAAAGCUUUGGUAGCUUAAGAAACGUAAGCAAGACAGACGAAGACAACUUUGAUUUCCUCGUGGUGUCGAGCACCGGCCAGACGUGGCACUUUGAGGCCCAGAGCGUGGAGGAGAGGGACUCAUGGGUCCAAGCUAUCGAGAGCCAGAUCCUGGCCAGCCUGCAGCUGUGUGAGAGCAGCAAAAACAAAGCUCGCAAGGACAGCCAGAGUGAAGCAGUGGCUCUGCAGGCCAUCCGCAACGCAAGGGGCAACAACUUCUGUGUCGACUGCGAUGCUCCGAAUCCGACCUGGGCCAGUCUAAACCUGGGUGCUCUCAUAUGCAUCGAGUGCUCUGGAAUCCACAGGAACCUGGGGACCCACCUGUCACGGGUUCGCUCGCUGGCUCUCGAUGAUUUGCCACGAGAGUUAACUCUGGUUCUUAGCGCCAUAGGUAACUACAUGGUCAACAGUAUAUGGGAGGCACGCACGAUGGGACACCGCAAACCAGCUCCUGAUGCUACAAGGGAGGAGCGCGAGUCGUGGAUUAGAGCCAAGUAUGAGCAGAAACUGUUUGUGGCACCGCUGCCCCCUCCCACUCCCGGCGAAGGCCCAGACCUCACUUUAUCUGGCCGUCUUCUGUUGGCAGUGAUGGAGCGCAAUCUCCCCAAGCUGCUGCUCCUUUUGGCCCACUGCACUAAGGAGGACAUUAAUGCCCCCCUCAGCCUGGCACUGUCCUCCAGGUCUCUCUUAGCGCUGCGGCUGCCUGGCUCUGCCCUGCACGCCGCCUGUCAGCAGGCCGAUGUGGUGAUGACGCAGCUUCUUGUUUGGUAUGGCUGUGAUGUUCGUUAUCGGGACGCUCAGGGGCAAACAGCGCUGGCUUUGGCUUACGGCACCGGCAGCCAGGAGUGCAUCGACAUCUUGCUCCAGCAUGGGUGCCCUAACGAACCGCCCCCCUCUGUCGCUACGGCGGUCAGUUUCGCAGCGGCCUCAACAUCCAGCUUCCCUGUCGCCAUGACGCCGAGCCUGACGGUUGCCACGACACUCAAGAUCUCACACAAGAGUGGGGGAACCAGCUUGAGUUACAGCACCUCCAGGAGAGCAGUGUCAUAGUCGAACCGUGGUGUGGAAAAACGUGUGUAUGUAUGUGCGUGUGUGUGUGAGCUUUUGGCUUUGCUCUCAUAGUAUCCUAUACAUCCACACACAGGUCAGCAAGACUGAUGUUGCCAAAUGUUGCACUCCCAGAGCCAGAUAAAGGCCAGGGAUGAAAACUGGUGAUCACACAGGGAUGUUCAGUCUGAUGGAAUGAUUUAACCAAAACAAAAAGAGAAGUGUUCCUGGCUACAGCCUGUAUGUGAUGGUAAGAUAAAAGAAACCUCUGCAUUCAGAUAAUGUAAUAAGAAUGUAUUCAUAUUUCAUCAUGCAGUCUAUUUCCAACUAUUCUCCGCUCAGUUAGGAAUGGAAAACUGCCUGUGGCCUCAACAAAGCUUAUCUGAGCAUGACUCCCGCUCAGAAGUAAAGAAGAACUGCAAUAAGUUUACUAUUUGAUAGAGGGACGUGUUGAAUUCCUAGUAUUAGAGGUGGCGCCUGUCAUUAAUUUUGACUAUGAAUGUGGGUUUUAAAUAGUUUAACACAGCUCGUUGUUCAUAAAUUAUAUGGUGUGAUAUGAGAAACUUUUCAGUGGAUGUAAAGGGGAGUCACUUUUGAAGUUAAUCAAAAAUAUCUGUACAGAAAUACAUUGAUAAAAUGCUAUAAUUCUAAAAGUUUAAAAGUCAUUUUCCAGAUUGUUAUUGUGUGAUUUGUACAGCUGGUUCCAUGUAUGAGCUCGAAGGAUCGCUCGAGGCUGCUCAGAGGUUUAAUGUGCAGUGUCAGGGCUCCUUUGACAACCAUCCGAUUAACUCUUUGACAUCCAGGAUUUUUAUGUUUGUACCAGUGUGUCUGACAUAAAUACUGUACAGAAUGUGUCCUUUAUGACUCCAUCAGUAGCUCAUUAUCUGGGUGAGCGUACCACUAGAGAUGUAAAUGAAAACGUGAAAUGCCUUGAUUUUGACUGAAUGUAAAAAAAAAAAAAAAAAAUGGAUUGUUUUAAAUGUGAUGUCCAGAGGGUACAGUUUGGGUGGACUGUUUUAUUUUUGAAUUGGCUAAUGUAACCUUGCCAAAAGGAAUGAAGAGUAUGGUUUGACCCAUCUAUAAAACUGGGCCUUUGAAUGGAACAAUUAUGAUAUUUAUAAGUGGCUGGAAAUAAACAGUUCCCAAAACUAAGUUUUUUUAAACCCAACCCUCCUGCAUAACUGUAUGUAUUUUUGUGUUGAUCUGAAGACUCAGCUGACUGUACCUCUGUGAUGUAAGCAUCUCUAUCCAUUUGUAUUUUAUUUUUUUUUAAAUCACACGAUGAUUCACAGAGCAUUCAUUAUCAAUACACUGAGGCUAUACUGCCUGA